GUGCAUACUGGGACGCCCAGGGCUUGGAGGCGGCGGCAGGAGGGAGCCGGGCGGCCAUUUUGUCUUCCUCCGAGAGGCCGCUGGAAAGCCAGCGGCUGGUCCCUGCUUCUCGCCUUUCUCUCGUUCGGUAGCGCCACCGCGAUGGGCCGGAAGAAGAAGAAGCAGCUGAAGCCCUGGUGCUGGUAUUGCAACAGGGAUUUUGAUGAUGAGAAAAUCCUUAUACAGCAUCAAAAAGCAAAGCACUUUAAAUGCCAUAUAUGUCAUAAGAAACUGUAUACAGGACCUGGUUUAGCUAUACAUUGUAUGCAGGUGCAUAAAGAAACAAUAGAUGCUGUUCCAAAUGCUAUUCCUGGAAGAACAGACAUUGAACUGGAAAUCUAUGGUAUGGAGGGCAUUCCAGAAAAAGACAUGGAUGAAAGGAGAAGAUUACUUGAACAAAAAACUCAGGAGAGCCAGAAGAAGAAACAACAAGAUGAUUCUGAUGAGUAUGAUGAUGAUGAAUCUACAGCUUCAACCUCAUUUCAGCCACAACCAGUACAACCACAACAGGGAUACAUGCCCCCAAUGGCACAACCGGGAUUGCCUCCUGUGCCAGGUGCACCAGGAAUACCCCCAGGUAUACCACCCUUGAUGGCAGGUGUUCCACCAAUGAUGCCAGGAAUGCCUCCAGUUAUGCCAGGAAUGCCACCUGGAUUACAUCAACAGAGAAAGUACAUGCAGUCAUUUUGCGGUGAAAACAUGAUGAUGCCAAUGGGUGGGAUGAUGCCUCCAGGGCCAGGAAUACCCCCUCUUAUGCCUGGUAUGCCACCAGGUAGGUCAGUGAUGUCGAACUCAUACUGUGGUAUGCCACCACCUGUUGGUCCUCGCCCUGGUAUGCCUCCCAUGACACAAGCACAGCCUGUGACAGCACCAGGCAUUCUUAAUAGACCUCCAGCUCCUGCUGUAGCAGCACCCUCCCCACAGCCUCCAGUUACGAAACCACUUUUCCCCAGUGCAGGACAGAUGGGGACACCUGUCACAAGUUCAAGUACAGCUUCAUCCAAUUCAGAAAAUCUGUCAGCAUCUUCUAAAGCUCUGUUUCCUAGCACAGCACAAGCUCAGGCAGCUGUUCCAGGACCAGUGGGUACUGAUUUCAAACCUUUGAAUAAUACACCUGCAACAACCACAGAGCCCCCCAAACCUACAUUCCCUGCUUAUACACAGUCUACAGCUUCAACCACUAGCACAACAAACAGUACUGCUGCUAAACCAGCUACGUCUAUAACAAGUAAGCCUGCUACCCUUACAACAACCAGUGCAACCAGUAAGUUGAUCCAUCCAGAUGAGGAUAUAUCACUGGAAGAGAGAAGGGCACAGUUGCCCAAAUAUCAACGUAAUCUCCCUCGACAAGGACAAGUAUCAAUGGGCAAUCCAUCAGUUGGAUCGCUUGGAGGUAUGAUGCCACCACAACCUGGAAUUCCUCCACAGCAGCAGGGAAUGAGACCUCCUAUGCCUCCUCAUGGUCAGUAUGGUGCUCAUCACCAAGGCAUGCCAGGAUACCUUCCUGGAGGGAUGCCUCCAUAUGGUCAGGGACCUCCAAUGGUGCCCCCUUACCAAGGUGGACCUCCUCGACCUCCAAUGGGAAUGAGACCUCCUGUAAUGUCGCAAGGUGGCCGCUACUGAUGCUACUACACACAGUCUAAUAGGUUUGGAGAUUAAACCUUUUCUCAUCUUGUGCUGUUAAUAUAGCCAAGCUUCCGUCAGUUAAGGCUUCAUUGUGACUUUAAAAAAAAAAAAAAAGUAUCUUCCCACAUGCAAGGAACUAUUGGACAUUCUUAUUUUACAUGGGAAAAAUUUAUUUGGAAUAAUAAAACAGGAACUUUUCCUGAUGUUGCAAUUUAUACUGUAUGGCUUCUUUUUCAUGUUUCAUCUAGGUUUUUAGAAGUGAAGUAUAGUAAAUAUGGUUCGUUAAAUUGUGAAGGCGCUGGAAUUACAUGAACAUACCAUCUUAAAGGCAAGUUCUGUAACAUUAUGUUGCUAUUUGUAAAGUGAUGCCUUCACAGCACUUCCGGUGCUGUUGGACUUCACGUCCCCAACUUAGCUUGGUGAGGGCUGUAACUAUUCCCAACUACCUGUACAUUUAAAAAUCUGAACAUGUAACAAUAUUUAAUGUAUUUAGCGUUCCUCCUGUUGCAGGGUUUAAGUAAACUGACCCAAUAAGGUUGUGUGACUUUUCUGUACUGUUAUAAACUUCAUUGUAAUAAAACAAGACAAAAAUUUAUAUGCCUUUUUAUUCAUGACCAGCUGUGGACAACUGCCUGCAAGGUUUGUACAGAUGCAUGCCACAGUAGUUAUUGGUGUAAUAAACGCAUAUUUACUGCUGCUGUUUUGAUAUACUCUAAUUCUUGUUUGAACUUUGUCACUUAGCUGCAUGUUGUAGUCUCCUAAGCAAGUAGACAUAGACCUGUACACUUAUUAACUAACUUUAAAAAAAAAAUGAUUAAUAGGAAUGAGGUUACGGGGUACAUCUCACCUAUCUUUUAUAAUUUGUUUUAAAUGGUGCAGGUUUCUUUAAUAGGCCUUUCUUCUUGUCCGCAAUAAAUCUUAGAUGACUUGUAACAUUGGCACUUUCACAUGUUAGCAAGAUGUAAUUGUGACCCCUGGCUGAUGUAAAUCCUAGUGCCAGAUGCAUCCUGUUAGUUCUUUCUUCAGAUAACUUCCUUGGAUGUGUGACUGCAUCAAUGCAUGAACCUCAGGAGCCAUUCAGGAGAAAACUUCUAGAAGCUUAGGUGCAUGACACACAGUGAGUGACUUUAUUGCUACUGUAUUGAAAGUGACCUGGACAAAGGAAAAAUAGGCCUUUGGCCUUGUUUUGCCUCUAUGAUGUGCAAAGGUGGCUCACAAGUAUUGAAUUUUGUUUUCUGCUUUUACCAUAAAUAUCAGGAAUUUCAAAUCUGAUUGUCUCGUGGUGGUGGUGGUGGUUGGACACAAGAUGACUCAUGUGGAUUGAGAGUUUUCUCAGCCCUUUAAGAGACUCUUCUCCCAACUGUCUUAAUUACUGAUUAGUUAACAAAUCAGAAUUUUGAAUCUGAAUUAGUCUCUUACCCUCUUACUUAGAUUAAUUUCCUUGGUAUGACACAUCUUGCUUCUUUAGUUGACUAGUCUUCCAGUGUUGGGGAGCUAAAUUUCUAAUGGAAAAAUACAAACAUGGGGAAAACACUUUUUGUGAUGGGAGGGCUUCCAGGUGUGUUAAACAUCAAGAAGCAGAAAAUGGCAAAUGUUGCUUUCCUUUGCAGAUCAACUUUAAAUACAAAUUCCAGCCAUAAAUUAUAUUUUUUCUGUGCCACUUGUGUUGUGGUGAUACUCUUUUCCCUUGUUUUUCCAUCGCAGAGCCUGACAAGCUUUACCACUAAUUUGGUCAUCACUGUAGUAGGUUUUCCUGUUUUGUUUUUUUCUGACACGAAGUAUUGUGGCUGUGUCUUAUUUUUGGAAGAGAGAUCUUUGGUUUUUUACAGCUAUGGUUUGUACCAGGAACUUCACAUUGCUUUACUUUCAUGUUCCAUCUUUUCAGUCUGCAAACGUUUAAAUUAAAGCUAUCCAGGACAUUAUGCUGUCUUCCAGUAGAGUAUGUGGCCCCACGGAACUCAUUAUAUAGUGUCUCGGGUUCUUUGGCAUCUUAAUUUCUAGUUAUAUGGCCUUGGUUUAACAACUUAGAAAUUUAUCUGGCAAAUCUCCAGAAACUUGUAUUAUUCUUAAGCAAGAUCCAUAGCUCUCCAGAUGUCAUAAAGCAGCAUUUUCCUAGGCACUAGACACCAUUUAUCUGCUGGUCAUUUGUCAGCUAACAUGUAGAAUAAAUGAGCAGACUCAUUCAGUAAUUUGCUUGGAAAUGCAUUAUGAACGGGCCUUGAGUUUUCAGGGUUCCCCCCCCCCCCCCCCCCAGUCCUUCACACUUUUCCAUUUUUCUACAAUCGUAAUUUAAUAUGUCCAUUCUUAUACUCCAGAUGGAAGCUGGUUGUCUUCUGUAUUCCUUUCUUCUGAUCCAAGGAUAAUUCAAAAAAUAAACAUUAAAGCUAUCCUAACACAUUUGACUUUUUUUUAUAUAUCCCACCUAAAAACAUUCAUGUCGAUAGAUUGAUUUUGUAUUCUGCCUGUAAAAACUGUGGAACUUCCAGCUUUUUCUCAAGCUCUUAUGAUGAUCUAAGGAUAUCUCUCCUCAUUCCCCCCACAACAAAUCCCAUUUUCUUACCUGCUGUAGUUCUAUAAUCCAAUUUUUUAAAAACUUAUUUUCUGGUCUGCACCACCCACCCCCCUUUUCAAGGAUGAGUAGUCAAAAAAAACAAACAAACAAAAAAAACCCAGAACCUUAGUGCAUGCACUGCUCACUUGAUCAUGCUCUACAAAUUGUCGUUAUUUGUCUUUUAGUCCAAAAUAAUUCCCAUUUCUUAAAUAGUGACUGGUUGGUUGGUUAGGUGAUAGCAUCAUUUUAUAGCUCUCAAAUAUUAUUUUGGUUAUUUAGAGGUUGGAAACAUUUAGAUCUCUUUAUUUUGUUUCUAACAGGACCUGAAUUAAUAUUGAUGAAAUCUCUUACAGAUAUACUUGGCAAAGUUUAGUUUUGUGCUCUUGGUAUUUCUCAGGUAGACACUCCCUGUCUUGUUUCCUCCGCUAGAAGACCUGUAAUGCAGCUACCUUGAGUUGCUGUCACUUCUAUUUCAGUGGGAGUGUUCUUACAGAAUUUGCUGUCUCUUACUGGCCCCCCGUUUAAUUUAUGUCCAGAGAGUUGGACAAGUAAUUUUUAUAUGUAUUAACCAUUUAAAACCCCGCCCCUAAGAUUAGCAUGCCAUAUCUCAUAGUGAAAACGAGAAUUUAUGAUUAAAUAGGAUUGGUUGACUGACUUGCAAACUGCAUAACCAAAUGUUGAUGUAGGCACUAAAGACAUCUUAGUGAAUAAUUUUCAGGCAAAUGUUUGGAAACAGAUGAGGAAAGUCAAUGCCUGUGCAAAAGAUUAAGCAUUUUUCAUUAGAGGAUCUAAAUCAUUUAAAAAAUAGCCUUAUGGUACUCCUGUGAGAUAGACACAUUCCAUCCAUUUUAGAGACAGAAAAUAUGUGAUUUGCCCAAGAUCAUACAGCAAAUCCCUGAAAGAGCCAGAAUUAUAAACCAGGAGUCUUGACAUCAUCUCUUGCUUGAGUUGCUAAACCACCCUUCAGCACAGAGGUUACCUUUUAAAUUAGAUUUUACAAAGUUAACUAGUUUCCAUGGUCUCUAAUUUGUGAGUGAACUGACUCUUUCCUUUGGUGAAUGAUUUAGUAAGACUUUCCGGAUGACUAGCUUUUACUCCUUUUGCAAAUUAUUGCUCCUCUAUUUCAGAUCAGAGAUUCAAAAUACUGGUAAUAAGUUUGAGGAUGGAAUGCAUAUCUGAUAAUUAAAAUGAAUAAUUAACCCUUGCUCUGUGCAUGCACAGGAGGACACAAGCUUCUAGAAAGUAUUCAGCUGCUUCUGUGGUUUGCAUGGUGCAUGCACUCAUUUAGAGUGUAUGGAGCUGCAGAGCAAAUUACCAGUGUAGCACACUCAAGUCAAUGGUAAUUAAUUUUUUCUGUGAACUAAUGGAUAAAGUACAGCAUAUAAUCUGAAAUUAUUUUGCAGGAACCAAAGAAUUCUGAACACAAGACAAA